UGCAGUUAUCUGUACCGUGCAUGCGAGGAAGAGGACAUAAUUGCAUGGUGUCUGCUUAAAAGAAAGCACCAGAAAACGUUCUAUUUUAUUUUGUUUGCCAUCAAAAGAUAGUGUUUACAAAGUUUACAUUUGAGCGUAGAGAAACAGAUUGGUGCAUCAGUUGUGCUGUGGCUCCUAAGUAUUUUUGACAUUUUUUACUUUUAAUAUCCCUGGUGUCAAGUUUUUUCUACUAGUGCUAGUUGGAUAUGAAGGAUUCGCUGAAGCUGGUGUCGAAGUUCACUGCGCACCCAGACUCGAGGUGCUGGUUCGUGGCUUGGAACCCCAAAGGAACUUUGCUGGCUUCUUCGGGAGGGGACCGGUCCAUUCGCAUAUGGGGGCGAGAGGGUGACUCGUGGGUGUGUAAGUCGGUCCUGGAGGAGGGUCACCAGCGGACGGUGCGGAAGGUGGCUUGGUCUCCCUGCGGGAACUACCUCGCCUCGGCCAGCUUCGACGCCACCACCUGCAUCUGGAGGAAGAAGCAAGACGACUUUGAGUGCGUGACCACUCUGGAAGGGCAUGAAAACGAAGUGAAGUGCGUGGCCUGGGCCCCCUCCGGGAACCUGCUGGCCACCUGCAGCCGAGACAAGAGCGUCUGGGUUUGGGAAGUGGACGAGGAGGAUGAGUACGAGUGUGUCAGUGUGGUGAACUCGCACACGCAGGACGUCAAGCAUGUCGUCUGGCACCCAAACCAGGAAAUCCUGGCUUCAGCCAGCUAUGACAACUCAGUGAAGCUGUACAAGGAGGAUGAUGAUGACUGGGUGUGCCGGGACACCCUGGAGGGUCACGAGUCAACGGUGUGGAGCGUGGACUUCGACAAGAGCGGCCAGAGACUGGCCUCCUGCAGCGACGACAAGACUGUGAAGAUCUGGAGGGAGUACGAGCCUGGGAACGAGCAAGGUGUGGUGUGUAACGGCACAGCCCCAACCUGGAAGUGUAUCUGCACCCUGUCUGGCUUCCACUCCCGCAGCAUCUACGACAUCUCCUGGUGUCACCUGUCCGGCGCCAUGGCGACAGCAUGCGGGGACGAUGCCAUCCGGGUGUUUGAGGAGGACACGACCUCUGACCCCCACCAGCCCACCUUCUCCCUGGCCGCCCACGUCCCCAAAGCCCACGAUCAGGAUGUGAACUGCGUGUCCUGGAACCCCAAAGAAGUGGGGUUGCUGGCCUCCUGCAGCGAUGACGGGGACAUUGGCAUCUGGAGCUACCAGCCACAGCACUGAGGAGGCAGCAGCAGAGGGAGAGAGCAUUGGGGACUGUGGCUGGCCAUGUACAGCAGAGCGAUAUCAGGAGGGUGCAGCUGCAUGGAAAUAUCCCAUGUUUAGGGCUUGAAGUUUUCACGUUUUAUUUUUGAUCACAUGACGUCCCUUUAAACUUAUUUUGAGCAGAUUCUGUUUCCUGAUUAAACUCAGAAAAACCUAUUAAUUACAAAACAAUGUAACUUGUUUUUAUCUUCGUAUCCUGAUCCUGUUUCGCUUAUUUUUUUAUUUUAAACAGACAAAUUACGUUAAUUGCUCAUCGCUGAUCCUAAUUGCAUUUAAUUCUUGCAGUCGCCUAGUUUAUCAUUGUGCUUUUGUUAUUUUCACUCGUUUAACAGAGUUGUCCAGACAGAUUUUCUUUUCAGCAUAAAAUACCCAGUGCAGUGUGUACACUGACAGCAAGUCCAUCAUUUAAAAUCUCCUUGAUUUGUGGCAAAGAUAAAAAAGAAUCUUAAACCCAGUCCUUAAUUAGUAGUUUUCUCUUUAUUAGGGUGUAGAUACAUCUUCACAACUACUAACAUUUAAAGUGAGGUAGAGAUUUGGAAAAUAAAAACCGAAAAGUUCAAGCUCUACCCAUGUUAGAAAAUCAGCAAGAAUUUGGCAAUAGAUGGAAGCAGUUCAAUUCACCAGCCUGUCCCAGUGUUGUUAUGAUCUGAAUGCUCACACGUUUUUUCCAUUUGGCUUUUGGGAUGCUGUCACUCUGUUAAAUGCAAGAAAACAAACCAGUUCUUCAGUAACAGUGAAAUGUGUGUCAGGUUUGAUGCCCUUGGGAAUUCGAGGGUGAAUAUUCUAGCAGAUUCACUGUUUUUGUAACAUUUUGCACAGGUGCCUACAGAAUGAAACUCAUAGGACUGAAAGAUAAAUAUCCCAAUUGUUACAGUACUGGAUGCAAGUCCACUUUCUGUAAAUAUCUGUAGAAUGUAAGUUGGCUAUUAACAAUAUAAAUGGUAUAAAACAAACUAUUAAUGCUA